AUGCUAGAAGCAGCCCCGAAGUGGCUCCAGCUUGCCCUGUGCCUGCCCUUUCCCCCAAAGCCGCCACUGAGACGCUGGCCCCCAUUGGCUCUGCAGGGAGCAUUAGUGCCAUUAGCCCCCGUAAUAAGCCCCGUCAUGCCCACACCACGCUGCACUACAGGCACUACAGGCACUACACGCGCUACAGGCACCUUGCUGCAAAGUACCUCCGCCUGCGUGUACGAGUACGAUUUAGCACAAGGGACCAUUGUUGCAGAGGAAGCAAGGAAGGAACUUGCCAGGCCAUGCAUGGCCGGGAUCAAAGGAUGA